CAAACAUACAUUCUGAACGCGUCCGCCGAGAAAGUCAGGCCACUUCAGGCUCCAGCCACAGAACGGGACGCACCGCACAGUUUGGUCCUCGGUCGGUCGCUUGCUCCGCUUGAAAACACCCAAACUGGUGUUGGGGAAUCGUGCGCUCUGCCAGUGUGUGAGUGUGGGUUUGUGAAGUGAAAACCGUCGUAAGUGGGGAAAAGGGCCAGCAGCAGAGAAGGAGCAGGAGGAAAAGUCCCACAUUUUCCCCGAAGUCGAGCCAGGGCGGCCGCAGUCAUCCCGAGAAUUGAUUUUUCUUGUUCCUGUUCCCGUGGAAAAUCGGUUCCCUGUUGUUCCCGAUUGUUCGAUUUCGAGUAGGGAAAAGCCGUCGCAAACAAAAAUUGGGGGCCUGCUAGCAUCGAGUGGGGUUUUCUUUUCUACUGAGAGUGCCUAAAGGGGAUGGAUCUGUGGAAAUUCGCCUUUUCCUAGAACGAGCGCCGACGACGAGAAGAGCGGGACGACUUUUUUUUGUUGAGGAGUAGCCGUGAGUAGCGUCAAGAAUCGAAGCGCGUCAAGUGGUGCGGUCGAGUGCAGGGCCUACUACCCAUCCCGAUCGUAGUAGGCGAAAAACUAACAAAAGUUGUGUUGCGAUUUUCCUUUUCCCGAGUUGUUAUUUUUUGUUGCUGAAACGACCAAGUGCGUGCUUUAUUUCGGUGUUCGGUUGUGUGCGAGGAACGAGUGUGUGAGGGGGGGAAUCAGGAGCAAUCGACGGGGAGCAAAAAAGGCAACGCAAAGGAAGCGUAUCGCUGCCGAAGUGGGUAGGGUUAGGAAAGUGGCGGGGCAGCACGGACAGCAGCAGGCAGUAGUACGGAUCGAUUGCCAAAGGAUUAACGUAGCACACCACACGGGCGGGUCGGAAGGAGGCAAAAGCGGGAGAGCUGGAGGACGAAGAAGAGGAAGAGGAGGAGGAGACGGUUCCCGAGUUGGACGCAAAAACGGAGCACUUUUGCACCAGCCAUCGCAGGCAGGAACAGCAGGAGAAUCACCAGGAGUGCUGUUAUGCCUUGUUACGCCUGAACCAAAAUAUUUACCCGCACUUCUCUGGUGGACUGCAGUGUUGCUUCGGGCGCGGACACCCAGCGGAUCAGCAGCAGCAAGAGGGACAGUUUGUGGCAGGACCUGCACCGGACGAAUUCCUCCAAGUGGGGUGGUCGUCCGGGUAUAGAGACGACGAAGGUGCCACGGCAGCGGCUGCAGCAUCAACAUCAUACGCGACAAGAUUUAGCAGCCGCCAGCCGUCGCCACACUUCAGUGCCUACUUUGAUCCGACGGCUUCCCGCUACUGUGCUGCCGACUCCACCAUGGACGAGAACGAGGUGAUGGCGGCGUACCUGUGGAGCAAGCAGUCCCAAGACCUGUACGCCAGCCACGGUCUCAAGGAUCUGCACCAUCUCCACCAGGACUUCAUCAUCAACGACUACACCGACAAGAUCGCCACCAACAUCGAUCUGCUCGAUACGGAGCUGAAGUUCGCCUGGGCGGCCCUGAACCUGCUCAACGAAGAGUACAACAAAAUGGCGGAGAAGGUCUUCAAGUUGCAGACGUUGAACGUGUCCCAGCAGCGGAUCGUGCAGAACCUGCAGUACAUGGAGGAAAACCGAAAGGCCUACCUGGACAUGAUUCCGGAGUACGCCAAGCAUCACGAGUUUUCUCUGCAGGAGCAGUCGCGCCUCCAAGAAGAGCUGCAGUACCGGGAUUGCAUCGACGAGGCCUACCUGCACCAUCAACAGCAGCAGCACAUGGCGCCGUACCCACCCUAUCCCCCGUACGACGUUGGAUGGCGAUACGAUCCGGCGACGAUGCCCGAGGAAAUGGCCGUGCACGAUCCGGAGUACUGGCUGAUGCGGAGGAACCUGUCCAACAUUCCCGAAGAACAGCUGGCCCAAGCUCAGGCCCCGCCUCGAUACCCGCAGCAAAUCUCCACCAAUCCGUUCCUGCAGACGAUGGAAGCCGCAAACGGGGGAAUUCUGAGGGAAAUCGAGCCGGCUAGCGACGCUGCGAUGAUCGAAGAGCAACUCAGGGCAUCAUUUCUGAACCAUUCUCAGCAACUGGAACUGGAGUACGGGUCGCCGAUGGCCAAGCAGUUCGUUGCGGAGCGGAUCGAAAAGCUCCGCGAUGACGACGUGAAGCAACUGAUCACGCGAGUGCUGGACGACGAAGACGUUGCGUCGCUAAGCAGCGAGGAGGUCGAGAAGGUUAGAACGUUCAUGGCGAAGAACUGUAACGAUUUGCGAGAGGUGUUUGCGGAGGAGUUUUCGCCACUGGCCAGGGAUACCAAGGGGGGAGAGAAACUGAUUCUGCAGAACAAACAAAGCGGCGUCAGUCCGAAGAAGGAGUUCAACAAGUACCUUCAUCUGCCGAACGCUGAAGGAAUUGCUUCGUUGAACAACGAUGACCUACUGACGGUGGAUAACGGGACAAUCAGCAUCCAGGAUAGCAAUGGAACCAUCGACAACGAAUUUAAGCUCAAUCUGAACAUGAUCCAUCCAGCGAAUGGGUUUGGAGGUGUUUCGCCAAAGAAGUUGAUAGAAUUUUCACCUUUCGGAAUGCAGAAGUGUUUGGUGCGGGAAGCGAAGGAAAGUAACGUAUUUUCGGAGAAUAUGAUGAACAAGCCUAGCUUCGCAGAUUUGAUGAACAGUAAACCUUGUGCCGAGACUGCGAUGACCUUUACGAAUUUGAACGGGGAGACGGAGUCGAUAUUUAGCCAAAGCUUUAAGGAAGCGGUUGAAGCCAAACUAGCGGGGCAAGCUGUGCAGAUGGCUGGUAUUAUGAUCAACCAGGGCGAACAGCUUCCACCUUUUCCAACUGUGCCGAUGAAACCGAAUAUUAGUGAAGCUCUCGAAACGGCAGCCACGAAUGGCGCAUUCGAGCCGAGACGACCAAGCGUUACGGAAGCGGGCCCCGUGUUGAUAGCCCCGGAAGCUCGACGACCGAGCAUCGUAGACCAAGUACACCCGUCAUUAGCUAGGAAACCAAGUAUACCGAUCGCUACGGAUCUACCGCGAAAGCCAAGUAUCACGGAACCGUUCGAACCGUCAAUGUUCGCGACGGUUCCCCGAAGGCCAAGCGCAAUCGAAACGACCGAAUCUACAUCGAUCUUCCAAACCAUCGCUAGAAAGCCUAGCGUAACGGAAACUGCCUCGAGCCCGCCGAUGUUCACACCACUUCCGGGACAGACCACCAUCACCGACACCCCGGAAAUGCAAGCCAUCUACGAAUCGUUGUCGCGGAAGUCCAGUUUACCAACUCUAGGGGACGGAAUGUUUUUUCCGUCGCUGGACAUCACCGACUCCGGGUUUGCCGAUUCCAUCGACGGCAUGUCAAUGUUUCCGAACAUUUCCCUACAGCUGUCCACAUCUGACGCGCCGGUUAGUUUGCCGGACUUUUCUACUCUAUCCACGAUCUCCAACAUUCCGGAAACAUCGGAAGCAUCAUCGUUCUUUCAUAUGUCGAUGAACUCAUCCGGGAUUAGUGAAGCAUCGGACAGUAUGACGCUUCCACCUGUAAUAGCAACAGCCGAACAGUCCACGACUGCCGUGAUAUCUGCCCAACUGUCGAACCAACUCAACCAAAGUACCGCAGCCAUAUCGAAGGAAGUGCUUCUUCCGCAAGAAAAGAUAUCUUUACCACCCAUAUCAGCAGCUCCAUCCACCAUAGCUGCCCUAGCUGAUGGCAAACCGAUUGCCCAGGCUACAGCUCCCCCUGCUUCGACUGUUGCAACUUCAACCACUUCGAUCACUGCGGAUGUGACGAAGCCGAAACCCGUUGUAAGCGAAGCGUCAACUUCUUCGUCUACUGUCGUUUCCCAAACACAAGUCAAACCAGUGCAAACUAUGACUGCGGCAGCACCUGUCCCUGUUUCUGUCCCAGAGCCAACACCCGCACCUGCACCAGUUCAGAAGCAACCGUCCCAACCCCAACAACCACCGCCGCAGCAACCACAGCCACAACAGGAACCCAAGGGCAGUGGCUUCUUUCAAACCUCCACCGCCAACACCAACCUCUUCGGAGGCUUUUUCAAUAAGGUCAACAAGAACCUGACCCAUCAGGACAGUUCCGAUAGCAUAAUCAGCGCCAAAUCCAAAGCGUUCUUCGCCACUAUGAAAAGCUCCUUCUCGCUCGACUCAAGCAAGCAAUCCGUAGACGAACCGCAGCAGCAGCAACAGCAGCCACCGCCGCAGGUUCCUCCGCAGGUGACGCCACCGUCGAGCGCGACUUCCUCCAUUGCCGGCCACCAGCAGGUAUCGCCACCGGCAGCCGCAGAAGAAACCACCAUCACCACUACUCCACCCCUACAAUCUCCAGCAGAUGUAGCGCAGGCUCCGUACCUGCACGAUCAGCAGGAGUUUUCCCCCUUGCAAGAACAGUGCCCACCAGCUGGCAGCGAUCAGCAGCUGACGUCUCCCUACGGGGCGGACUCGGAGUUCCCAACACUCAACGAUAGCACAACGACCAACGCACAAGCACAGGAACUGCCGUUUCCGGGGGACGAGCUGCAGCAGCUGGCCUUAGAGGGCGACGAUGGUGAAGGGCCGAAACAGCCGAUGCAGCGGAAGCAGAGUCUGUUUCGCGCGCAGGGAAGCGAAGGAUCGAUGGAUGGUGAAGGUGGUAGCAAGUGGAAACUGCUCAAAACGUUGAAGGAGAAGCGAAUCGAGGAGAAGCAGAAGGUGGCGGACGAGGGCGCACCGGAUGACGAGCCUGGUCUGUUCAAGAAGGUCGAUGUAGGUGGUAAGGAAGAACCGGAGAAGCGCAAUGGAACUAACGAGAGUGGACGAGGAAAUGGUGUGGGAGACAAUACUUUCUACAGCAACAUCGACAGUAUGCCGGAUAUUCGUCCCCGGCGGAAGUCGAUCCCAUUGGUAUCGGAAUUGACAAUGUUAGCUACGAAGCGGCAGGCGGCCGGGCUCACAUCCGUUGUACGGGCCACCCUGAAUGACGAAGAACUGAAAAUGCACGUUUACAAGAAGGCCUUGCAGGCGUUAAUCUACCCGAUCUCAUCUACAACCCCGCACAACUUCGUCCUGUGGACAGCAACUUCCCCGACCUACUGUUACGAGUGCGAAGGACUGCUGUGGGGCAUCGCCCGGCAAGGUGUUAGAUGUACGGAAUGUGCCGUCAAGUGCCACGAGAAGUGCAAGGACCUGUUGAACGCAGAUUGUUUACAAAUGUGCUUCGCCGGUGCUUCCGAGAAGAGUUCCAAACAUGGUGCCGCCGAGGAUAAGGCAAAUUCUGUGAUCGCAGCGAUGAAAGAGCGGAUGAAGCAACGGGAACGGGACCACCCGGAGAUCUUCGAAGUCAUCCGGAAGGUGUUCAACGUGGAGGAGAAGAGCCACGCCGGUCACAUGAAGGCGAUCAAGCAGAGCGUACUGGACGGUACGAGCAAGUGGUCCGCGAAGAUCGCCAUCACCGUGAUCUGCGCGCAGGGUUUGAUUGCGAAGGACAAGAGCGGAACGAGCGAUCCGUACGUCACCGUUCAGGUCAGCAAGGUUAAGAAGCGGACGCGAACGAUGCCGCAGGAGCUGAACCCGGUGUGGAAUGAGAAGUUCAACUUCGAAUGCCACAACUCAUCCGAUCGUAUCAAGGUUCGCGUCUGGGACGAGGACAACGAUCUGAAGUCGAAACUGCGACAGAAGUUAACCCGCGAAUCGGACGACUUUUUAGGGCAGACAAUCAUUGAGGUGCGAACGCUGUCCGGCGAGAUGGACGUGUGGUACAAUUUGGAGAAGCGAACGGACAAAUCAGCGGUGUCGGGUGCGAUUCGGUUGCACAUUUCAGUGGAAAUCAAGGGCGAGGAGAAGGUCGCUCCCUAUCAUGUGCAGUACACUUGUCUGCACGAGAAUGUAUUCCACUACCUGUGUGAAGAAGCAUUGGGACAGGUAAACCUACCGCAAACGAAAGGCGACGACGGGUGGAAGAUCUACUUCGACGAAACGCCCGAGGAAAUAGUGGACGAGUUCGCCAUGCGGUAUGGCAUCGAGAACAUCUACCAAGCGAUGACGCACUUCCAUUGUCUAUCGACCAAGUACCUGUGCGCGGGCGUCCCGGCAGUGAUGAGUACCUUAUUAGCGAACAUUAAUGCUUACUACGCACACACGACGGCUUCGACUGCUGUAUCGGCCAGCGAUCGCUUUGCUGCUAGUAACUUUGGCAAGGAGAAAUUCGUUAAACUACUUGACCAGCUGCACAACUCUCUCCGUAUUGAUCUAUCGAUGUAUCGCAACAACUUCCCCGCUUCCAGUCAAGAGAAACUGAUGGAUCUCAAGUCCACGGUGGAUCUGCUAACCAGUAUUACGUUUUUCCGCAUGAAGGUACAAGAACUGUCGAGCCCACCUAGAGCCAGCACCGUAGUUAAGGACUGCGUGAAGGCUUGUCUACGCUCAACGUAUCAGUUUUUGUUCGAGAACUGUUAUGAGUUGUAUAAUCGAGAAUUUCAGGUCGACCCCAACGAAGCGAAACGGGAGGGCGAAGACCAUGGACCAAAAUUAGAGAAUGUUGACUUUUGGCACAAACUUAUCGCACUUAUCGUAUCAGUAAUAGAGGAGGACAAAAAUAGUUAUAGCGCAGUGCUUAAUCAAUUCCCACAGGAGCUUAAUAUAGGACAGGUCUCGGCCGCAACGAUGUGGAGUUUGUUCGCAAUAGAUAUGAAGUACGCAUUGGAAGAGCACGAACAGCAUCGGCUGUGCAAAUCAUCCGCCUACAUGAACCUGCACUUCAAGGUCAAGUGGUUGUAUACGAACUACGUGAAGGAGGUCCCACCGUACAAGGGUGCCGUGCCGGAGUACCCGGCCUGGUUCGAGCCGUUCGUGAUGCAGUGGCUGAACGAGAACGACGACGUUUCGCUCGAGUACCUGCACGGCGCCUUCAAGCGAGACAAGAAGGACGGGUUCCAAAAAAGCAGUGAGCAUGCGCUGUUCUCCAACUCAGUCGUGGACGUAUUCACGCAGUUAACGCAGUGCUUCGAUGUAGUUAGUAAACUGGACUGCCCGGAUCCGGAGAUCUGGAAGCGGUACAUGCGACGAUUCGCCAAAACUAUUGUGAAAGUGUUGCUCGCUUAUGUAGAUAUAGUUAAAACCGAAUUUCCUGAUAUAAUGCAUGAGGAGAGGACGGCUUGUAUUCUAAUGAACAAUAUCCAACAACUUCGGGUCCAAUUGGAGAAAAUGUUCGAUUCUAUGGGUGGUGAUAAACUCGAAGAAGAUGCGGCCAAUAUCCUAAAAGAGCUGCAGCAGAAUCUCAACACUGCGUUGGACGAUUUGGCAACGCAGUUCGCAGUGAGUUUGGAACCACGCAUAACCGGUAGCGUACGGGAACUGGGUGAUCUGCUGCAGCAAGUCAAACAGCAGACUUCCCUGUUCCACGCGCCACCCACCGACGAUGCCAACAUGAUCGCCAUGGAGGCGGACGAAGUGCUUCGACCGCUGAUGGAUCUGCUGGACGGCUCGCUCUCCAUGUACGCCCAAUCCUGCGAGAAGACUGUACUCAAACGAUUGCUCAAGGAACUGUGGAAGAUCGUAAUCCGGACGCUGGAGAAGACCAUCGUGCUGCCACCAAUGACGGACAGAACGAUGGUCUUCAAACAUCUAACGGACAACGCCAAGAACCUUGCAGCGAACGCUAAGAUCGAGGACAUGUCCAGACUCUUCAAAAACCACGUGGCCGGCAAAUCGGACGCCAAGAACGUACUCAGUGGUGUGAUGGAUAUUUCAAAGGAGGUCCGUCCAAAUAUCGAGAAGAAUCUAUCACCGAAGCAGUGCGCCGUGCUGGAAGUAGCGCUGGAUACCAUCCAGCAGUACUUCCACGCCGGUGGCAACGGACUGAAGAAGCCGUUCCUGGAGAAAUCGCCUGAACUGCAGAGCCUGAAGUACGCCUUGAGUCUGUAUACGCAGACGACGGACACGCUGAUCAAGUCGUUCGUGUCCGGGCAAGGAGCUUCCGAAGAGGGCGGAAUCAAUCACGAGGACGCCUCCGUCGGGGAGGUUUCGAUUCAAAUCGACGUCUCGUCCAACCCGGAGAACGGCGAACAGAAGAUAUCCGUCAAAGUAAUCGCCGCCAACGAUCUGAAGUGGACCGUCCCGUCCGGUAUGUUCCGGCCGUUCAUCGAGGUGAACCUUAUUGGGCCGCACCUGAACGAUCGCAAGCGCAAGUUCGCCACCAAAUCCAAGUCCAACAACUGGUCUCCGAAGUACAAUGAGGCGUUCCACUUCGUCAUUGGCAACGAGGAGCAGUUGGAGUUCUUCGAGUUGCACAUCUGCGUCAAGGAUUAUUGCUUUGCCCGCGAGGAUCGUCUGGUAGGGGUCGCAAUCCAGAAGUUGAAGGACGUAGUCGAUCAGGUAUGGCGUUGGGUGGCUUUUAUUUCCGAUUUUAUUUUUUGUUCGAAUGACUGUGAUUAGAGUGAAUGGGAUGGAUGACGUCGUACAUGGAAGAAUAUCGGGUGCUGCCCUUUUCUAUGGUGAGUUAGGAGGGGCAGUGUUCUACUUUCAGGUUAAGUUGGCCGGCGAAAAACGACGGGAAGCUGAGUACGUGUAGGUCGAAUUCUUGGUGAGUAUUCGUAAUGACUAUAACAGUUUUUUUCUACUUCCAAGUACUGAGACUAGUGACACAGGAUUUUGGACAAGACGAAAAAUAUGAGUAACUAGUCGACCCGGCAGACGUUGUCCUGCAUAGUAGGCGAAAAUGUGCGUUGUAAACUGUUCUGCAGAAUUUCCAUACAAAUCUAUCUUUUAGUUUUGCACGAUUUACUCAUCUUAAUUCGUUAUUUUUGCAUAAGCAAAUAUCAUAUAAACCCGUCGGAAACUAUAAUGAACCUUUCGGUUGAAGGAAUGAAGAAAAUCCAUCCAGCCGUUUUCGAGUUAUGCGGAUACGAACACAGACCAUUUCAUUU